UUUAAGAAAAUUUAGGGUUACUUUUGUCCUUUCACAUUCCUCUUCCUCAAGAUAUACACUAACUUUAACUUAACUUCCACUGUGUGAGGAAAAUGAAAAUGAAAUGGUUAAAGAGAGAGAGAGCAUAGUGUGUUGGUGUGGCAACUUUUGAGACAGGAAAACCAACUCAACUUAUUUGGUUUUGGUUUGUGUUUUGUGAAUUUCUUUCUCUGCAUCAUCUUCUCCUUCCAAGAAUUUCCCACAAACCAAAAAAGAAAGAAAAAAAAAAGGAACAGUUUUUGAAUUUUUGAUCUUACUCUGAUCCCAUAUUUGUUAUGUUUCUUCUUUCUGACAAUGUUGGAACUUCUGCAUUAUCGAUGCUGCAACUGACACUUUGAGAUUUUAGCAAGCCAUCUCACGCUUUGUCGUUGUUGUAGUGACUUGCGUGCUUGCUUUUUCCACCAACAUGGCUUCAAAAUCCAGAUCCAGUUUAUCGGAAACUCCCAACAAAGCAGCAACACCAGCUACUCCCAACAAGGCAAGACCAUCAACUCCCAACAAAACAUCACCUGCAACUCCAAGAGUUAGUAGACUCAGCAAAGGAGUACCCAAACCGGAAUUGGAGUCACCGUCUCCGCUGCAAAAUUUGCGCCUGUCUGCAGAAAAACCAGAAAAAUCGCCACGGCCUUCGAAUCCAAAGCCCAUUGCUGAACGGAAAUCACCAAGACCAACUUCCACUCCACCGGAUAAACAACCCCCAAGAGCCGCAAAGGGUUCAGAAUUGCAGGCCCAGUUAAAUCUUGCUCAAGAAGAUCUAAAGAAAGCUAAGGAACAGCUGAUUCAGGUUGAGAAAGAGAAGGAAAAAGCAAUUGAUGAGCUGAAAGAAGCGCAGAGAGUGACUGAGGAAGCAAAUGAGAAACUCAGGGAGGCAAUGGUGGCUCAAAAGCGGGCCGAGGAGGAUUCUGAGAUUGAGAAGUUCCGGGCUGUUGAGUUGGAACAGGCUGGAAUUGAAGCUGCUCAGAAGAAGGAAGAGGAAUGGCAGAACGAGCUUGAAAGUGUGAGGAAUCAGCAUGCUUUGGAUGUGGCUGCUCUUCUCUCCACUACUCAGGAGCUUCAGCAGGUUAAGCACGAACUUGCCAUGACUAAUGAUGCAAAGAACCAGGCACUGAGUCAUGCUGACGACGCAACUAAAAUUGCCGAGCUUCAUGUGGAGAAAGCAGAGAUUCUUUCAGCUGAACUGACACGGUUGAAGGCCUUACUAGAUUCAAAGCUAGAAACUGAGGCCAGUGAAAACAAGAUUGUAUUGGAGCUGCAAGCAGAGAUAGAAACCCUUAAGGAAGAACUUGAAAAGGCAAAAGGUUAUGAUGCAAAGUUGACAGAGAAAGAGAGUUAUAUUGAACAACUUAAUGUUGAGCUUGAAGCUUCCAAGAUGGCUGAAUCUUAUGCUCACAGUCUGCUAGAGGAGUGGACAAAAAAGGUUGAGGAACUAGAAAUGAGGGUUGAAGAAGCUAACAAGUUGGAGAGAUCUGCAUCAAUAUCUUUGGAAUCUGCAAUGAAACAGUUAGAAGGGAACAAUGAUUUGUUGCAUGAACAAGAAUCUGAAAUUUCAAGUCUUAAAGAGAAGGUGGGAUUGUUGGAAAUGACAAUCGAGAGACAGAGGGAAGAUCUUGAGGAGUCGGAGCGUCAUCUUCUUGUGGCCAAAGAAGAAAGUCUUGAAAUGUCAAAGAAGGUUGAAUCUCUCACAUCUGAACUCGAGACAGUCAAGGAAGAGAAGGUUCAAGCUUUGAACAAUGAAAAACUUGCAGCUUCAAGUGCGCAGGCCCUAUUAGAAGAGAAAGACAAACUAAUUAAUGAAUUGGAGAUCUGUAGAGAUGAAGAAGAAAAGACUAAAAAGGCAAUGGAAAGCCUAACUUCUGCUUUACAUGAAGUAUCUGCAGAAGCUAGGGAUGCCAAAGAAAAGCUAUUAGCCAGCCAUGCUGAGCACGAAAACGACGAGGCCCAGAUCGAAGAUUUAAAGUUGUUCAUAAAAUAUACUAAUGAAAAAUACGAGUCCAUGCUCCAUGAUGCACGGCAUGAGAUUGACAUUCUUACAUGUAGUGUUGAAAAUUCUAAGAACAACAUUGAAAACUCCAAGGCGGAGUGGGAGCAGAAAGAACAUCAUCUUGUCAACUGCAUAAAGCUAACUGAAGAAGAGAACUCGUCGCUGGGAAAAGAAAUAAAUCGGCUGAUUCGUUUACUCAAGGAAGCCGAGGAAGAAGCAAGCGCCAAGAGGGAGGAAGAAGCGCAGCUGAAGGAAAAUCUGAAGGAAGUUGAGGCUGAGGUGAUCCACCUGCAGGAAGAACUAAAAGAAGAGAAGGCCGAGACCAUGAAGUUAAAGGAGAGUCUAUUGGAUAAAGAAAAUGAGUUUCAGAAUGUUUUUCAAGAAAAUGAGGAACUUCGAUCUAGGGAAUUGACAUCGAUUAAGAAGGUGGAGGAGUUAUCGAAGCUGCUCGAAGAAGUUACUAGCAGAACCCAGACUGAGGAAAAUGGGGAUCUUACUGACAGUGAGAAAGACUAUGACUUGCUUCCUAAAGUAGUUGAAUUCUCUGAAGAGAAUGGACAUGGAGGAGAAGACUUAUCCAAGAAGGUGGAGCUUUCAGCCAAUGAAGAGGGACUCAAACAAAGUUCACAUGAAGAAAGUAUUCCCUUGGAUGACAAGUCUGAGAAAACUGAAUCUCCCAAACCUGAGAAUGUGAUUGUGAAUGGUAAAGUGAAGGAAGAUGGGGGAAAAGAAAAAGAUGAUUUGGUUGAACGCGAAUUUAAAAUGUGGGAGAGCUGCAAGAUUGAGAAAAAGGAGUUCUCGCCGGAGAGAGAUCCAGAGCCUGAAUCCUUUGAAGAGGAAGCUGACUCAAAGAUAGAGGGUGGUGAGGGCUUUGACCAGAUUAAUGGAACCUCUUUGAAGGAGAACGCUGACAAUGGCGGGAACUCACCAUCAAAGCAACAAGUGAAGAAGAAGAAGAAGCCUUUGCUUGGCAAGUUUGGAAGCCUGCUCAAGAAAAAGGGUGGUAGCAACCACAAAUAGAACAGAGUUUUUACCUUGGCAGGUAUAUUGAACAUUAAAUUGUUUGCAUGUAUUUGCUUUAUGAUUUUUGCUUCUUGAAUAGCUUUUAAAGAAUGACGAGGCAUGUAAUAUUGUUUAGGAUUCUUACCCCCUAGUCACUUAUUUUGAGUUGCGGUUCUCCAUGCUGGUAGUAAAUUGUAUGUGGUGGAAUUAUUAUUAUUUUUUGUCUCCCUUUAUUAUGUUUUUCCCCCUUGCCCUUCUAUAUAGAUCUGACGAAAGAAGUGGCAAGUUGGAUUGUAUUUUUAUAUCAUCUUGAUUCCAAUGAAAGUCUAGAUAGAAGUUCUGAUGUUUGCCA